AUGCGCGGCGCCGGUGGCCCCCGCGGCCCUCGGGGCCCCGCUAAGAUGUUGCUGCUGCUGGCGCUGGCCUGUGCCAGCCCGUUCCCGGAGGAGGUGCCGGGGCCGGGCGGGGCCGGCGGGCCUGGCGGGGGCCCCGGCGGGGCGCGACCGCUCAACGUGGCGCUCGUGUUCUCGGGGCCCGCGUACGCGACCGAGGCGGCGCGCCUGGGCCCGGCCGUAGCGGCGGCCGUGCGCAGCCCGGGCCUGGACGUGCGGCCGGUGGCGCUGGUGCUCAACGGCUCGGACCCACGCAGCCUCGUGCUGCAACUCUGCGACCUGCUGUCGGGGCUGCGCGUGCACGGCGUCGUCUUCGAGGACGACUCGCGCGCGCCCGCCGUCGCGCCCAUCCUUGACUUCCUGUCGGCGCAGACCUCGCUGCCCAUCGUGGCCGUGCACGGCGGCGCGGCGCUCGUGCUCACGCCCAAGGAGAAAGGUUCCACCUUCCUGCAGCUGGGCUCGUCCACUGAGCAGCAGCUUCAGGUCAUCUUCGAGGUGCUGGAGGAAUACGACUGGACGUCCUUUGUAGCCGUCACCACGCGUGCCCCUGGCCACCGGGCCUUCCUGUCCUACAUCGAGGUGCUCACUGAUGGCAGCCUGGUGGGCUGGGAGCACCGUGGGGCGUUGACGCUGGACCCUGGGGCUGGCGAGGCCGUGCUGGGCGCCCAGCUCCGCAGUGUCAGUGCCCAGAUCCGCCUGCUUUUCUGUGCCCGUGAGGAGGCCGAGCCCGUGUUCCGGGCAGCCGAGGAGGCUGGCCUCACUGGGCCUGGCUACGUCUGGUUUAUGGUGGGGCCCCAGCUGGCUGGAGGCGGGGGCUCAGGCGCCCCCGGGGAGCCACCUCUUCUGCCAGGAGGCGCCCCACUGCCUGCUGGGCUGUUUGCAGUGCGCUCGGCAGGCUGGCGGGAUGACCUGGCCCGGCGUGUGGCAGCUGGUGUGGCCGUCGUGGCCAGAGGUGCCCAGGCCCUGCUGCGUGACUAUGGCUUCCUGCCUGAACUUGGCCAUGACUGUCGCGCCCAGAACCGCACCCAUCGAGGGGAGAGUCUACACAGGUACUUCAUGAAUAUCACCUGGGACAACCGGGACUACUCCUUCAAUGAGGACGGCUUCCUUGUGAACCCCUCCCUGGUGGUCAUCUCCCUCACCCGAGACAGGACGUGGGAGGUGGUGGGCAGCUGGGAGCAGCAGACUCUCCGCCUCAAGUACCCUCUGUGGUCGCGCUACGGCCGCUUCCUGCAGCCAGUGGAUGACACGCAGCACCUCACGGUGGCCACGCUGGAAGAGCGGCCCUUCGUCAUCGUGGAGCCUGCCGACCCCAUCAGUGGCACUUGCAUCCGAGACUCUGUGCCCUGCCGGAGCCAGCUCAACCGCACCCACAGCCCUCCGCCCGACGCCCCCCGCCCGGAAAAGCGCUGCUGCAAGGGUUUCUGCAUCGACAUUCUGAAGCGGCUGGCGCAGACCAUCGGCUUCAGCUACGACCUCUACCUGGUCACCAACGGCAAGCACGGCAAAAAGAUAGACGGCGUCUGGAACGGCAUGAUCGGGGAGGUGUUCUACCAACGCGCAGACAUGGCCAUUGGCUCCCUCACCAUCAACGAGGAGCGGUCCGAAAUCGUGGAUUUCUCUGUGCCCUUCGUAGAGACCGGCAUCAGCGUCAUGGUGGCGCGGAGCAAUGGCACCGUGUCACCCUCGGCCUUCCUCGAGCCAUACAGCCCUGCCGUGUGGGUGAUGAUGUUCGUCAUGUGCCUCACUGUGGUCGCGGUCACCGUUUUCAUCUUCGAGUACCUCAGUCCCGUCGGCUACAACCGCAGCCUGGCCACGGGCAAACGCCCUGGUGGCUCAACCUUCACCAUUGGGAAAUCCAUCUGGCUGCUCUGGGCCCUGGUGUUCAAUAACUCGGUGCCUGUGGAGAACCCCCGGGGGACCACCAGCAAAAUCAUGGUGUUGGUGUGGGCCUUCUUCGCCGUCAUCUUCCUCGCCAGCUACACAGCCAACCUGGCCGCCUUCAUGAUCCAGGAGGAGUACGUGGACACCGUGUCUGGGCUCAGUGACCGAAAGUUCCAGCGGCCCCAGGAGCAGUACCCGCCCCUGAAGUUUGGGACGGUGCCCAACGGGUCCACGGAGAAGAACAUCCGCAGCAACUACCCCGACAUGCACAGUUACAUGGUGCGCUACAACCAGCCCCGCGUAGAGGAAGCGCUCACUCAGCUCAAGGCAGGGAAGCUGGACGCCUUCAUCUAUGACGCGGCUGUGCUCAACUACAUGGCCCGCAAAGAUGAGGGCUGCAAGCUCGUCACCAUUGGCUCGGGCAAGGUCUUUGCCACCACGGGCUAUGGCAUCGCCUUGCACAAGGGUUCCCGCUGGAAGCGGCCCAUUGAUCUGGCACUGCUGCAGUUCCUGGGGGAUGAUGAGAUCGAGAUGCUGGAACGGCUGUGGCUCUCCGGAAUCUGCCACAAUGACAAGAUCGAGGUGAUGAGCAGCAAGCUGGACAUCGACAACAUGGCAGGCGUCUUCUACAUGCUCCUGGUGGCCAUGGGCCUCUCUCUGCUGGUCUUCGCCUGGGAGCACCUGGUGUACUGGCGCCUGCGGCAUUGCCUGGGGCCCACCCACCGCAUGGAUUUCCUGCUGGCCUUCUCCAGGGGCAUGUACAGCUGCUGCAGCGCAGAAGCUGCGCCGCCGCCCGCCAAACCCCCGCCGCCGCCGCAGCCGCUGCCCAGCCCUGCAUACCCGGCGGCAAGGCCCCCGCCGGGCCCCGCGCCCUUCGUGCCGCGCGAGCGCGCAGCCGUGGACCGCUGGCGCCGCGCCAAAGGUGCGGGGCCGCCGGGCGGCGCGGGCUUGGCCGACGGCUUCCACCGCUACUACGGCCCCAUCGAGCCGCAGGGCCUGGGCGUGGGAGAGGCGCGAGCAGCGCCCCGGGGCGCGACUGGGCGCCCGCUGUCUCCGCCGGCCACGCAGCCGCCACAGAAGCCGCCGCCCUCCUACUUCGCCAUCGUGCGUGACAAGGAGCCGGCCGAGCCCCCCGCGGGCGCCUUCCCAGGCUUCCCGUCGCCGCCCGCGCCCCCUGCCGCCGCGGCCACAGCCGUCGGGCCGCCGCUCUGCCGCCUGGCCUUCGAGGACGAGAGCCCGCCGGCGCCCACGCGCUGGCCGCGCUCGGACCCCGAGAGCCAGCCGCUGCUGGGUCCCGGCGCGGGGGGCGCGGGCGGCGCGGGGGCCGCGGGCGCUGGAGCCCAGGCCGCGCCGCCCCCGUGCCGCGCCGCGCCGCCCCCCUGCCCUUACCUUGACCUCGAGCCGUCGCCGUCGGACUCGGAGGACUCGGAGAGCCUGGGCGGCGCGUCGCUGGGCGGCCUAGAGCCCUGGUGGUUCGCCGACUUCCCCUACCCGUAUGCCGAGCGCCUCGGGCCGCCGCCGGGUCGCUACUGGUCGGUAGACAAGCUUGGGGGCUGGCGCGCCGGCAGCUGGGACUAUCUGCCCCCGCGCAGCGGCCCCGCCGCCUGGCACUGUCGCCAUUGCGCCAGCCUGGAGCUGUUGCCGCCGCCGCGCCAUCUCAGCUGCUCGCACGACGGCCUGGACGGCGGCUGGUGGGCGCCGCCGCCCCCGCCCUGGGCCGCGGGGCCCCCGCACCGUCGCCGGGCCCGCUGCGGGUGCCCGCGGCCGCACCCUCACCGCCCGCGGGCCUCACACCGCGCGCCGGCCGCCGCCGCGCCGCACCACCACCGGCACCGGCGCGCCGCCGGGGGCUGGGACCUCCCGCCGCCCGCGCCCACCUCGCGAUCGCUCGAGGACCUCAGCUCGUGUCCCCGCGCCGCCCCCGCGCGCAGGCUCACCGGGCCCUCCCGCCACGCGCGCCGGUGCCCGCACGCCGCUCACUGGGGGCCGCCGCUGCCCGCCGCGCCCCACCGGAGACACCGGGGCGGGGACCUGGGUACCCGCCGGGGCUCGGCGCACUUCUCCAGCCUCGAGUCCGAGGUAUGACGCGGCCUGGGAGGCCCCGCCGCCCCCUCGGUCAGCGCAGGCCACAGCCCGAGGGGGCACGCGGGGUGGACAGGACCCGUGAGGGUUGGAAAUGAAGAAAAUGGAACUGGCCGGACCCCGCCUGGAGCAGCGUCCUGCGCCCCUCGCUAUGGGGGGCACUUCAAACCGGAGGGGAUUUGGUCCCUCAAAUCUCACCUAGCCUGGGAGCAAGGGGGCGGGGGUCUCAGAGCCCACUGGACUUUUUUUUAAACCCGACAAGGGCUUUUUAACGUCACCAGACGGGGCGGGAGGUGGCGGGGUCACGCCACGCCCGCGUCCCACCCCCACGCCCGGGGCCGUGGCCCCCACAUCACUGUGCAGCUCCCCGGCCCCCCAGGCACGCCUCCGGGGAAGCCCGUUUUUAACCUUUCAUCCAUCGGGACUCGAAACUGUGAGACGCGUUCGCCAAACUGUGACCCCAGACCUUGGCCCCGCCACACAGAAACCCCUGACCCCAGACUGUGACUUCCGACCCCUGAAAAUGGUCAUCCGACCCCAGACUGUGACCCCUGACCCCAAACUGUGACCCCAGCCCCAGACUGUGCCCCGACCAGACUUUGACCCUCGACGUCAAACCGUGACACCCCCUUCUCCUUUUUCACCCUCAGUAGCUUUCCCCUCUUUUGUCCUAGGACACGCCCCCCAACGAAGCCCCGCCUCCACUGCCCCAGCGUUGAUCCCAAACUCCAUCAAGCCAAAACUUCCCACCCUGUCGCAACUCACGACCAGACCCAGGUGCCACCGGCCAUAUCCUCUCCAAAUCCAACCCUUUCAGUAAAGACGCAGCAGACCCCACCCCACCCCACCCCGCCCCAAAACCUCCACCUCCCAGAUCUCCAGCCGGGUCUGGAGCUGGGUUGUGGAAGGGAGGAGUCUGGGAGUCCACACUCACUACCAACCUCUUCCUUCUCUCCUGUACCACAUUGCAGUGUUUGGAAUAAACCCAUGUUUUUAUGCCUCCUCAA